CAAGUUUAAAGCCCAUUCUGCGGUUCUGUCGCUCAUUCCCUCAAUGACGGUUGGCAACAUGGAAAAAGUAGAAAUCUUCAACACGGACAGCAAGGGCAGGGGCUUGAAGGCGAAGCAAGAUCUUCUGAGUGGAGAUGUGGUCUUCGCUGAGCCGGCAUAUGCUGCGGUUGUGUUUGACAACCUCACGAACCAUAUAUGCCACAGCUGUUUUAAGAAGCAAGCUAAACUCCAACGCUGUGGACAGUGCAAGUUUGCCCACUACUGCGACAGGACCUGCCAGAAAGCAGCAUGGACGGAGCACAAGAACGAGUGCUUGGCCAUCAGGAACUAUGGCAAGCCCAUCAGUGAAUCCAUCAGACUGGCUUCUCGUAUCUUGUGGCGGAUGGCGAGAGAGGGGGACGUCGUCUCUGAAGACCGCCUCUCAUCCCUCGAGGACCUCCAGGACCAUGUGGAUGACCUUAGCGAGGAAGAGAAGACACAGCUCACUUCAGAUGUUGAAGUUUUGCGCAGUUACUGGCACUCAAACAAUCAGCACUUUGACAGUCAAUCCAUAUCCCAUAUAUUUGGAGUGAUAAACUGCAACGGUUUUACAAUCAGUGACCAACGUGGGUUGCAAGCUGUGGGUGUCGGAAUAUUUCCAAACCUGUGCCUUGUGAAUCAUGAUUGCUGGCCAAACUGCACGGUUAUAUUGAACAAUGGCAAUCGUUCUGCAGUUAAUUCAAUGUUUCACACACAGAUGAGAGUUGAACUUCGGGCAAUCCAGCAAAUCAAGGCAGGAGAAGAGCUGACGGUAUCAUAUGUGGACUUCCUGAACCUAAGUGCGAACAGGCGUAAUCAGCUCAAAAACCAUUAUUACUUUGAUUGUACCUGUGAACACUGCACAAAGGGAAUCAAAGAUGACCUGAUGCAGGCUGUGAAAGAGGAAGAUGGCAAAAAGCCAUCGGAUGAAACUGUGAGUGAGGUUAUUGAGUUUUCAAAGACGACGUUGGAGAAAAUUGAUAAAGACCGAUCGGAGGGGCUCUGGAGUAAUGUUGUGAAGCUGUGUCGGGAAUGCUUGAAAAAGCAGGAGCCUGUUCUGGCUGAUACAAACCUUUACCAGCUGAAGUUCCUUAGCCUUGCCUCCGAAGUGCUGUCCUAUCUGCAGCAGUUUGAAGAGGCAGCAGGAUAUGCCAGGAAAAUGGUGGAAGGAUAUCAGAAACUCUACCAUCACAACAAUGCUCAGCUGGGUAUGUCUCUGAUGAGGGCUGGAGUGACACACUGGCAUGCUGGGCUCAUAGAACCAGGUCACGCUAUGAUUUGCCAAGCGUAUGGGAUUCUCCUGGUAACACAUGGCCCCACUCAUCCAAUCACCAGGGAUCUUGAGACUAUGCGGUGCCAGACAGAAAUGGAGCUGCGAAUGUUCAAGGAGAAUGAGUUUCUUUAUUACCAGAUGAGAGAGGCGGCAUUGAAGAAUCAGAAAAUGCAAAUAAUGGCAGAGCCAGCUGGCGAGUACGUCAAGGAGCUUUUCCACAGGAGAAAGUAAAGCAUUAGCGUUUGAUCAUUUGCUGUCGGGAGUUCUGAAUUGAUCAGUGCCACGUAACUCGCAGUUGAAGGAGAAACUGGGACGAGAGCGAAGAGAAUCUAGUUGCAAUCAGAAUUCGUUAAUCACUCUGUGAAGACAGCAAUUGAGAAAAAUUGGGCAGCGGUUUUUUCCCCCUCACAAUGGCAUUUCAUGCAAUCAUGUAUUUCCACGUAACUCGUGCACUUGUAAAGUAGUCACAAACGGUUUGCUAAACAUGCUUUCCACAAAGGCAGCUUCACCCUAGGCUAGUCGGGGGGUGGGGUGGAGGUGCAGGGAGAGAUUUGGACGUAAAGGGAGUAAUUUUAAUCUACUGAAAUCAGGUUAUAGUGAGCAGAGGGAAAAAAAAAAUCAGCAGUGGGUAACCAAAGAGUAAUAAACAGGGUUAGGUUAAAAUUACCCCCCCAUAUAUUCUUUUCUUCUAUCAUGGUGCUCAAUGCUCUACAUGUGCAGCUCUCCUUAAUUGCUUUCACAUUUAGUGUGUUGCCAAUCCAGUUCAAACCCAGUACAGAUGGACCCCAGAAAGGUUUCCUUGCUUCCAGUAGUUAGGCAGAGGAAAUGUCCUGUUUAGAGGUGUGGUGCUUGCCACCCACCCUCGCAUUGAUAGUGUUCUGGCAGACACCAGUGCACUGAGUGGCUGCCAAUGGCACACUUAUCAAUCUAAAAGCACUAGAAUUUGAUCACAAUUUCAUCCUGAACUGUUGAUAUAUUGCUUUAUGUAGGAUAGUACAAUCUGCCGAUAGCUAUUCAUAGAAUUGUACAGCAGAGGACAUCAUUUGGUCCACUUUGAAAAUGCUGUCUAUUUGGUCUCACUCCAUUGCUCUUUCCCCAUAACAAUACAAAUUUUUCCCUUUAAAGUAUAUACCCAAUUUUCUUUUGAAAGUUGCUAUUGAAUCUGCUUCCAACAGCCUUUCAGGCAGUGCAUUCCAGAUCAUCGUAACUUGCUCUGUUUAAAUAAAAAAUUCUCCUCACUCCCCUCCCUCUGGGGAAGAAAGUAGUAGAUGGAACGGCAAUGAGGAGGAGAUCUGGUGAUAUCCAGACUGAGCAACAUAUCAUUGAUUUAGAAUGGGAUCCACUCAAUUUGGUUUUUAAAAAGUGACUUGCAUGUAUAUCGUCCUUAGAGUAAAUACAGCUCUGUGUUCUUUGGCUGUAAUUGGUCCCUGGCUUUUCAGUUAUAAAUCUGAAUCCUAAAGUUUCCUCAGUGUUGAAAGUUCCAGUGCCUUGGCUCAGCUGGGAAAACCAUAAUUGGAGGGCUAGAGUCAUGUAGAGCAGCAAGGGCAAAUGUUAAAGGGAAGGUGAAAUCACCACUAUGGCUUAAAACAUACAAACAUUUAAUUAGGAGGAGUUGGCCACUCAAGCCUGCUCCACCAUUACAAUAAGAUCAUGGCUGAUCUAAUUGCAACCCCGCAUUCCCACCUACCCUCAAAAAAAUCUACCUACCUCUGCAUUAAAACAUAUUUAAAGACUCUGCUUCUACCAUCAUUUGAGAGAAAGAGUCCCAAAGCCUUACAACCCUAAAAAAAAUUUCCCCUCAUCUGUCUUAAAUAGGCAACCCAUAAUUUUUAAAGGGUGACCCCUAGUUCUAGAUUCUCCAACAAGAAGAAACAUCCUCUCCACAUCCACCCAUUCAAGACCCCUUAUGUUUCAGUGAAAUCACUUCUUACUCUAAACUCCAGCAGACACAAGCCCAACCUAUCCUCAUAAGGCAACCUCCUAAUUUCUGGUAUUAUUUUAGUAAACCUUCUCUGGACUGCUUCUAACACAUUUACAUCCUUCCUUAAAUAAGGAGACCAGUAUUGUACACAGUACUCCAGGUGUGAUCACAGCUGUAUAACCGAACUUAAACCCCACUUCUCAGGCUCCAUCUGGUGUGGUUAAAAAUGGAAUGAGUCUAUUGAUAUGUCUACUUUCACUCGACAUUCAGGAAUGGGCCCGACUUUAUUGUUGCCUCAGUUCAAAGGAUUAUUUUACUUUAAAUAAAAAGAGCAUUGAAACCACCUUUUACAAGCCUGUAGGGAGACAAAUUUCUCAUUACUUACAGACAAUUUCCCAGAGAUGAGGGGAUUUUAGAGACCAAAUUUCGCAGUGAUUUUCACACUUUGCAAAGCAUCCAAAACCGAAGCUCCAAUCUUACCCAUGUCCCACCUGUACAGUCAGGUGGCCAGGUUUGGGCUUGGCAAUGGAUUCUUGUAACCUUGCCAGCCAUGUGCCUCCCUUUAGCCUCUGUAUUGCAUUUGAUUGCCCUUUCUUGCUUUUACUCAGUCUGGAGAAAGUCACUGUUCAUUUCACCAACCUUUCUAUAAUUAUCAAAUGGAACCGUUUCAGAAAAUAAGGUGGACUGGGAUGCUUCUCCCAAUACCAUCAUGGGAAUGGUGCUGGAGUUACUACACUAGGGAUCCAGAGGCCUGUAUUUGAGAACAUAGGCUAAAAUCCUACCAUGGCAGCUAGGGAAUGUGAAUUCAAAUAAAUCUAGAAUUAAAAAGAUAGCAUCAAUAAGAGUGUCAGUUAAACUAUGGUUUGUCAUUUAAAACUCAUCUUGCUCAUAAUGACCUUUAGAAAAGGAAAUUUGCCAAUCUGACUCCAAACCCACAUCAACAUGGUUAACUCUUAACUGAAAGAGCCUAGCAAGCCACUAAUCAGAAGAUGGCUCACUACCACUGCUUUUCUGAUGAUAUUUGGGAUAGGCAAUAAUGUUGAGCUUGUCAAUGAUGCCCACAUCCCCUGAAUGAAUAAAAUAAAAUUUUAAUGUAAGAAACAAUCAUUAUUAGGCCAUGAGAGAUUUUACCAGGUGCCUGCCAAUCCCUUAUGAUAAAUGUAACAACAGCAAGGCUGGGGCAAAAUAAAAGUGCCAGGGAACAAAGUAAAUAGUGUAAGCAAUUAAGUUCAGAUUAGCCUUCCAAAUUCAUUAUUUCACACUGAAUGUGCUUACAAUAAUGUAUUUUUGCAAUGUUUGUCUCCUUAUCCUAUAGGCUCCCCCACUCCCCCAAAGUGUGUCUGAGCACACUUUAUAAUAGUUUAAGCUACUGAAGGUUACCAUUGUGUAGAAUGAUUUAUGUAUACUAAUCAAGUUAAAUGUUACAUACUUGACAUAGCAAACAAUGCCAGCUACAAGCACAUUAAAAUAAAUUCAUUUUUUGGGGAGUA